AUGGAUUCAAAUAUUGACAAUGGACUGAAGGUCGCGGAAGAGCUCCAGAUCUUCCAGAGAAAACUUGCAACCUUGAAAGAAAAUGGUACGAUCUUGAGCAUCGAAGAUCUCGCCAUGGAGCUCUUCAGUCAAACCCUUGAAGAAGCGUCGAAGAAGUUGGGAAUUCGUGAUGAUCCUAGUGAAAAACAAACUACGCAUGCUACGCAAUUGUUGAAGAUUUAUUUGAUACUGUCAAAUGAGGAAUGUAGAAGAGUUGUUGAGCUUAGGAGCCGGGGAUGGCAUGACAAUAGAGAAGAGGGAGAUGCGCACUUCCGACGGCAGCGAAAACGUGCCGAUUCGACCACACCAGAGGAAGAACGUGCUUUUUACAAGAUGAUGCAACAGAUCGGACAGGAAAUGCAUGGAUCUCACCACAUCUUCACGAUUUCUUCCCCCAAAGACAAUCAAGUCAAUAUCCUCGACCUCUGUAUGGCUCCUGGCGGUUAUACUGCAGCCGCUCUCGACCACUGUAACGGCUGUAAGGCGUAUGGUAUUACUUUGGCAACUGAAGCUGGUGGUCAUACUGUUAUUAUUGGCAAAAGUCGUCUCCAAGGCCUCAGAUUCCAUGAUAUUACAAUGUACACGGAGUUCUGCCCAAGUGACAAGGAUAUUCCCGAGGAUUUCAAGUCGAGGUUCAGUGACAUCAAACCUUUCAAGCAUAUCAAAUUUCAUCUCGUAUUCGCUGAUGGCAAGACGCUUCGUACUCAUGAUCGCAUCAAGGAUACAUAUGAUGCCAAUCUUAACAAGGAGACAGUACGCCUACAAACCUCACAGCUGAUUCUCGCCAUGAACAGAAUGCACAAGGGAGGCACUUUGGUCAUGCUGUUACACAAGAUUGAUACCUGGCACUCAGCCUCCUUGUUGUACACAUUUUCGAAGUUUGCAAAGGUCGAAGUUUUCAAACCAAGUAGAAAGCAUGCUACGAGAAGCAGCUUUUACAUGAUUGCGAAGGAUAUUGAAGUUAGCCAUCCAGAGGCGAUCAAAGCCAUUGAAGAGUGGCAGAAAGAUUGGUACCGUGCCUCUUUUGGGGGUCUAGACAUGACAGGUUUACCCAAAGAGGAACCGACAAAUGAGGUAGUUCAAGAUCUACUCACAAAAUUUGGUCCAAGAUUGACCGAUUUGGGACAAAAGGCUUGGAUGAUACAGGCAGACGCAUUGAGUCACACCAGCUAUGCAGGAUCAAUUGAUGUUGGGGUCAAAUUGGGGUUCAGAAAGCGUGUCUGGAAUGGACUCAAGGGCGUUUUCAAGGAUCAUCACGAGGGGUUGAAAAUGGUGCGUGGUGUGGGAUAUGCGCCGAUUGGUGGUAGGGGAGCUGGUGGCUGGGUAGUAGGAAGUGAUGGCCAUAUUACUGCUGGUACUAGGGGAUCAGGACGUGAAGCUGCUUCUAGUGGUAUCACUGGUAUGAAUGGUGACAAUAGGGCCUUUUUCAUGGUAGGAGCUUGA